AUGAAAAGGGUAAUUGACACAUUGAAGGUGUUGGUCAAAGGCAUGGAUGCCAUGAGCAAAGAUGGUCCUGAAGCAUUGGGAAAGACAAUCAGAGAUGAGUCGAGAAGGAUAAAAGAGUCGGAUGCAACUCUAUCAGCAGAGCAGACCCUGUACAACUUUGUCCCUCCAGGAAUAGUGGAUAAGGUUGAGGCGACUCAUGAGAUGAACCAAAAGCAGCAGCAGCCGACAAGUGAUUUGGACUACCAGAAUGCCCUAGAUGAGGAGAUCCGACAAGUGAUUUACAAGGAGAGCUUGAGUGAGGCAGUGAUGAAUUUAGCUUUGGAGGAGGUGCAGCAGAACAGUAAUGGCCGUGGAGGGAAUGUGGGAAGUUUGUAUUUUUAUGGGGUAGAUGCUAAGAGUGAGAUUGGAAUGGUGGAAGCUAUGGGAGUUAAUGGGAAAGUUUUGGAAGGGAGUGAAGGUGAGAGGAGUAGAAGUGGAAAUGACAGUGCAGUUUCGGGGCAGUAUGGGCAUGAUGGUGCUGAAGCGGAGGGGAAGGGGGAGGAUGAGGGUAAUGACAAGACUGGCGAAAAUGGUAGUUUUGGUGGUAAUGGGAACUUUAGUAAGAAACAGUUUCAGUAUCCUGUAAGGAUUGAUGCAGAGGAUUGUCCAUUUUAUAUGAAGACAGGGAACUGUAAAUUUGGAAUGAAUUGCAAAUUUAAUCAUCCCCCCAAGAGGCGGAACCAGGUGGGAACAAGAGACAGAUCAAAGACAAGGACUGAAGACUUGGACCGUGGACCACACACUGAAUGCAAGUAUUAUCUGACAUCAGGGGGCUGCAAAUUUGGCAAUUCCUGCAAGUACAGUCAUAACAAGGGAAGAAGCUCUGUAUCACCUAUCUUGGAGUUCAACUUCCUGGGACUUCCAAUCCGAUUGGGAGAAAGAGAAUGUCCCUACUACAUGCGUACUGGUUCCUGCAAGUAUGGAUCGAAUUGCAAGUUUAAUCAUCCUGAUCCUACACCUGCAGCUGGGAAUGACCUCGCAUCUGGCUUUGGUAAUAUUGGAUCCAUUAAGUUGCAGGGUGCAUCCCAGCCAACUGACAUUUCAUGGUCCUCUUCAUCAGUGAUUCUUCCACAAAGCCCCACCGUUCCACUAGAUUCUGAUUGGAACGGUUACCAGGCUCCGAGCUACCCAGCAUCAUCAGAUGGGAGUUUACCUACACCUCCAGCAUUUGCUAUGAAUAACAUGGGGAUGGAGACCAAGUUGUUUACUAGUCAUCAUCUGCAACCAAUUCCAGUUAAUGAAUUUCCUCAACGGCCUGGUCAACCUGACUGCAGUUACUUCUUGAGAACUGGGGACUGCAAGUACAAAGCUACCUGCAGAUUUAACCAUCCGAAGCCCCAAAGUUCCCAACCGCUGCCUUGUGUUCUAAGUGAGAAAGGCUUGCCCCUACGACCCGACCAAUCGAUCUGCUCAUUCUAUAACCGAUACGGCAUAUGCAAGUUUGGUCCUGCUUGCAAGUUUAACCAUCCUGAAAACUGGGACAACUCAUCUCCCGAUGUAGUUGGACUGUCCAGAAGUGAAAUGGAAGCUGGUUUCCCUUAA